UACUGACCCAACUGACAAUGUGGUCCCAGGGAUCAGUCGUCUCGCUGGGCGGCGCUGUCGUCGACGUCAGCACGCUCGACGCCCUCAUAACUCUCGCAAGCCGCGCGAAGGAGGAGAACAACACCCUGUUCCACCCUUUGCCGCGGCCGCAAGUGGAGAGGACCGACUCCAACGUCUCCACCUCCUCCACCGUCUCGACGGCGUCGUCUGUCUCCGGGUCGGGCGAGCACAAGCGGAAGCGCGGCCAGAGCAAGGUCGCGUGGUCGCGCGACGAGGACGAGAUCAUCUCGGAGAGCGUUGAGCGGCUCGGGCAGAAGUGGGCCCGCAUCGCCGCGCUCCUCCCCGUCCCGCGCACCGACGACUCCGUCCGCAAUCGCUGGCACCGUCUGCAGCGCAAGGCGCUGGCGGCGAAGGCGCUGGCGGCGAGCGGCUCGGGCUCCGGCGAGAGCACCCCGGUCGACAAGGGCGGGGACAUGUGGACGGAGGAGGAGGACCGGUACAUCGACCACGCGGUGCGGGUGAUGCACCUCAAGUGGCGCGCCAUCGCCGCCAACCUUUCCGGCCGCACCGAGUCCGGCUGCCGAAACCGGUGGGUCCGCAACCAGCGCCGAGUCCCAACCAUGUCGCAUGUGAUCCUCCGCGCCGCCGCGCCCGAGUAUGUAGUCCCUGCCAGAUGCGACGUCGUCGGGGAGGGCGUCGUCGCGGGCGCCAACGUCGUCAUGCGAGCCCCUACGGCUGUCCAAGGGCACGUCUGGGCGCGGGUCUCUCUGGCGCUCCAGCCUCACGUCAGCGCACUCAGCGCUUAG